AUGUCUCGUGGUUGCACCUACAGAGAUGAGCUCAGAAUCAGAGCCAAGCUGUACGAACACGCCGACCGUUACCCCGAAAUGGCCUGCGAAAUGAAAAGACUGUUCGAUUUGGAUCCGACUCGCCAAUUCUCCCCCGAGGAGAGAAAUCUCUUUUCCGCGGCCUAUAAAAAUGUGGUGGGAUCCCGUCGAUUUGCCCACCGAGUGCUGUCCUCCCUCCAAAAGACAGAAGAAGGGGACGAGAUGACAUUAUCCAUUCUCCUUUCCAUGAAGAAGAAGGAGGAGGAGGAAAUAACCCGCCUGUGUGACCAAGUCCUGGUCUGCCCGCUGUGUGAGUGCCUAGGCCAUCAUUUCCCAAUUCCUGACCGACACAACCCUGUCCGACGAACACAAAGUCUUUUACAACAAAAUGUUCGGAGACUACAAUCGCUACAAAGCAGAGAUCGACCCUCCUGA